AUUGUAACUCGGUACUAAUUGACAAUAUUACUGCACCAGGAAGAUCGGUGUGAUGGAUCUAAUCAUUGGACUUAAAAAUAUGAAUUCACAACUUUAUAUCUUGAGACACGUAUAAUAUUCACUGUUUUCAGCUAAACUAAACCAUGUUGCAUUGAUGAGAGUGGCUAGAUGUGACAGUGGAAAGAUGUGAUUUUCAGAGAGUUCAUAUUGAUCCAGCAAGGCACUAUCUGUUUCUGAGUGUAUUAGUGAAAAGAAAGUACUAUGUCCGUUUUUAAGACUCUUGUGAGCCGCAAUAAGCGACGCUAUACGGAGGAUGGAUUCGACCUUGACCUGACUUAUAUUUACCCGAAUAUUAUAGCAAUGGGCUUUCCCGCUGAGAAGUUAGAGGGUGUGUACAGGAACCAUGUGGAUGAUGUGCUUAGGUUUCUGGACUCCAGGCACAAGGAUCAUUACAGAGUCUACAACCUUUGUUCUGAGCGAAACUAUGACGGGAGCAAAUUCCAUAAUCGCGUUGUGCUAUUUCCGUUUGAUGACCACCACCCGCCACCUAUCGAGCUUAUACAACCAUUCUGUGAGGACCUGGACGCGUGGAUAAGGAAGAGUGAGGGCAACACCGCAGCCAUACACUGCAAGGCUGGAAAGGGUCGAACUGGAGUUAUGAUCUGUGCAUACUUACUACACCGGAAGAAGUUCAAGGACGCAGAGGUUUGUCUUGACUACUAUGGCAAGACAAGGACUCGUGACGGCAAGGGUGUAACUAUACCAAGUCAGCGUCGCUAUGUAAGUUACUAUGGGCACCUGAUCAAACAUAACCUUCAAUACGAGAAAACCACGCUGCUGCUAACCGGUGUGAAAUUUGUCACCAUUCCAAACCUGAACAGUGGAACUCUAAAUGUUACCUAUGAUGUGUAUUGUUCCAAAGUGAAACUGGCGUCAUCACCUGUGUAUGAGAUGGAGCCAAAGGACAGAAAGGACAACAAGAAAGAGUUUGUUAUGAAUCUACCCCACCCCGAGAUGGUUUGUGGGGACAUAUGCGUCGACUUUUACAGCAAACAACGGGUUGGGAAGAAAGAACGCAUUUUCCAGUGUUGGUUUAACACCUUCUUUGUGGAUGAUGAAAACCAAAGGGCACAGAAAGGCAAGAAAAUAAAGUACCUCACACUGUCGAUGAAGAAAUGUGAGCUAGACAAGGCCAAUAAAGAUAAAACAAAUAAGAUUUACUCUCCAGAGUUCAAGGUGGUGCUUUUCUUUGAGCGGAUCAGUGAUGGGGAGAACAAAAGCCUGGCGCCCAUCAGCAAUGGCUGCCCCCGGUCACAAACCACAGACCUCAUCUCCUCAGCAAGCGAGAAUGGAGCUGCAGCCAGAGGCCUGGUUGCACAGAGAGACUCCUACCCAGGGAGAUUUAAUAGCAGCACUGGUAGUCAAAAUGGUGGCCAAAAGGCAUUGACAGAACAACUUGCCAGUGCAAAGUUAGCAGAUAGUAGUAGUAGUAGUGAAGUAUGGAAGAAAAAUAUCUUAGACUCAAGUGCGAGUGAUGGACAAGUGGCAGGGAGAGGACUCCCACAUUCUAUGCCUCAGUUAAAUAAAAAUCAAAGAACUCAUGAACAUCAGUUUUUGGAUGUUCAGCGACGAAAUCCUUCAUCAAAAGUUUGCAGGGGGCGUUUGUCGCCUGCGGGUGACCGAAGAGGCAUUCUACCUGUGCCCAGUGACAGUUCUCUAUCGAGUGAAGUAGCAAGUUCCGGUGACAAUGAUGAAGAGGAUUUCUCAGACACUGAUACUGAUGAUGAAUGGGCUGGGUGUGAAGUAACAGCUGUUUAGUACUCGUAACUUAGUGGCCGUCUUUGUGUACCUAUCAGGAUUCCAUUGCCAUGGUGAUGUGUUCUUCAAGUGUUAUACCUCUUUUUGGAUUAAUGGCCAUUUUUGAGUUUGCACAUAUAUGGUUUUUAAAAAAAAACAUCUGUUGUCCAAGAGUGUAGAGCAUGGCUUUUUGAAGAAAUAACUUGGAGUUGAUUAAUAAAUAUAUUGAUUAUUCUUUAAAAAAUGCAUGUUUAAGUAGCAUUACAUUAUUUAAAUAGAAUUUAAUUGAUGGGAUGGACGACAUAGAUGCACUGUAGCUGUGUCUCAUCCUGGUGUGAAUACACUGGUCACCGAGUUGUCGGGAAAAGUGCUUCACCAAAUAAUUCAUCCAGUGGGCUCUUCUACUGUGAUCAAAUCUUAAUUCCAUAUAUUUCCUCAUAGCAACAUGUUUUAGCCACCUCAAAUAGUUAAUCUUUAGAAUUUUCAUGUCACUUUUGAUAAGUCUGAUUAUUAUUAUGCUGUUAAGCAAUUUAUCAUACUACUGUCAGUUAUCAAGUUAAAUAUUGUAUGAAUGUUACACGUCCAUUAAAUAUGUUAAAUUUCAGUUUGAAAAAUUUAAAGGGAGAUUUCAAUUAUCAUUUUACCAUACGCCAUAUAGAUUCUUCUGGUUUUGUGAUAUGACAUUUAUGUCGUCUGAACAGCGUUUCUAUGAAAUAUAUUCACUCACCCAAUAUGCCAUUGGCUCCCUUACAUAACGUUUGUUGAAUGAAUGCAAGCUUGCAAGCAUUUCACUAGUUUGUAAAAUGGGCAUGCUCAAAUUCUGCAUUUUAAUAAACAGGGCUUGUUGAAAGUAUUUGAUGCCCAGCACUAAAGCAACAAUUUAGGCUUGUUUUUCCAAGAGAUCAAGGAAAAAAGAAGAUGUAAACACUUACCUCUUAAGAAACUAGAUAUGGCAUGAUUCACACUAAAUGUAUUAUACUUGUAUUCUACAUAGACAACCCAAAGUAUCAAUAUGUAUGAUAAACACUAAUGUAACAACAAAAAACAAAAUGUAUACUGAUACACAGCUGCUGUAAAAGUGUUUCCACCUGCUGCUAUAAACUUGAGCAUCAUUGUACACACCCAUCAUUCUUCAUGAUCAUACACCUAACUGAGAAUUAGGGCAUAGUUAUUGUGAAUUUGUUGGCUUUUAUAUGUUUUAACCCAUCAGAUUUUUUAUAUCAUUGUUAUUGUUAUGUUAAAUAGCUUUACUUUUACUCUGACAGUAGUAUGCUUAUGUUUUACUAGGAAGGUUUUACAGUGUAGUGUCAGACAAAGAGAACUUGUAUUAUCUAAAAAAGAAAAAUAUGUUUUGUUUUAAAUUUGCCACUAUAUUGCAUUACUGGUUCGAUUGUUUAAAAGUGUAUUAAAGUUUACAACAUUGUUAACAUUUAUCGUAUACUUAAUAUUUAAACAACAAACUGUAGGCGUAUAACUGUACAGUGCACCUUAAGGGAUCUGACCCACAAAAUAAGUUAGCUCUCUGAUGGCUCCAUAAACCUUAAUUUGAAAUGUUGAUGCCUAGGGUCCGACCACAUUUAAGUUUGGUAUUGUUAUAGGGAAUAGGUUGCUUAUUACUAAUACGUUUGAUAAAAUACCUUGUACAUCAAGUUCACCUUUGUACUGUGAAAUCAUAGAAAAUUCAUGGCAUUAAUUUUCAUGGGUUGACUUAUCCACAAAUUCAAGAUCCCAACAAAAUUUGACCUUUAAUUCUAAAAUUAUAUUGGUAUAUUUAUUCUUCAUUUCAACUGAAAUAAGACAUAAAUUAUAUAUUUGCCAGCUUCAUAGGCCAACUGGUUUUGUUAAAUUUGGUACUUUAUACAUUUUUCUGCGCUCAAAACCAUUUCAAAAGAUAUCAAAGAAGGGUAACCAGGCAUCAGAACAAAUAUAUUUGUGGGUCGAACACCUUAACUUGGCAUAAGAGUACUUGUAGGCAGCUGCUUUAUUUUGGAUUUUAUAUAACUCAUAUACAUGCAAAUGCAAACAAAUCCACAUAUAGUGAAAAAUAAUUAUAAUAUAUAUAAACAAUUGUACACGUUAAUUUCAUUUCAAGUUUGAUUAUGUUCUUUGUUGAUAUUUUAUAGGGCUUCAGAGAAAGUAUAUUUUGAUAAUGUUGAUGUAUAUUAAUUACAGAUAUUCUUGAGGAGUGUCAUGUUUUGUUAGUGUUUUUUUAAAAGCUAAUUUGAGGAAUCUAUGAAAGAGCAUUAUUGUGUACAGAAUAGAAUAUUUAUAAUCGCAUUCACCAUCUAUAACUGUUACAUAGAGCUUCACAACAGUUGAUGUGUUUGGGUAUGAUAGCAGGUAUAGUAGUCUAGUCCUUACUUGAAGCACUUGCUAUUUGGAAUGGUGUGCUGCCAGAAUGCAUAAUAGACUUACUUUCUUAUAUAAAUGGUGCAGAGUUAUAUUUUGAUGUUUUGUAGUAGAAUGUUUUUAGUUGGUUGGUUACUCUCUGACUGGUUCAUAAACAUUACAUGAAAGAUUGUUGCUUGUUUUACCUUAUGAAAAUUGGAAUACAGAUUGCGAAUCCAGUUUGCGAAAACUUGAUAAAUACUCGGAUGAUAAGAGUAAAACAUAGUUUUAUCCCUGGCAUCAUAAUUGCUACUUACACAAGUGAAACUGUUGCUUUUAAGACAUGGUUUUGCAGAGAAAACUAUAAUAGUCUACAUUGACUUGUGUUUUAGUCUUUCAUAAAAUAAAUCACAUGGUUAACCUAGAUAAGAGUAAUUAUACUGCUUGGUGCUUGAAAAAGUAUCAUGGUUGAAGGUAUGGCUGCAUUUUGAUUUGAAAAUCAAACAGCCUGGAGUUUUUUUCAUGGAUUAUUGUGGACAAUUUACUGUUGGCUUUGCAUAGAUCUCAUGUUCAAUAAACUAUAACAACAGGAAUGUUAAUAUUUAUUUGUACAGUUUUGUAUGUAACGGGUAAUGGUUGGGAUGCCUGUAAAAUCAUUUAAACAUUCAUUGUAAUGCAUACAUUUUUGUCAUGAAAUAGUUUCCUUGUAUACAGCAAUUCAUAUUGUAGAUAUAUACAAGUCCUUUAAAACUGCAAACUAUGUUUUAUGCUGGAUAUGAUAUUUAAUAGAUGUUGCAAAUUUAUUCUAGCUCUGUUUAAGAACUUAGAUUUUAUAGAACUUUUUGUAUUUUGUGAUUUUGAAUGACUGUUUAAAACAAAAACAUUAUUCAUACAAUUACCUAUAUUAAGAUAAAUGGAUGACCAGUUUGUAAUGGCACAUUUUCAUGAUUAAAUAACCCUUAUAUAAAUUACAUUUAUAUAAAUAAAUGCAAAUGAAGUUAUAUCAUACUUGAUGUUGACAUUAGAUGUGUACCUGUUUUUAAGAUUAUGGUCUGUUUUAACUAUCACUUGAACACGGAAAUGUGAAGGUUAAUGUGUAUGUGUACUCUAUUUCCUGAUUUCUUCAUAGAUUAGUUAAGAGACGUAAUUUACAGAGGAAUAAGGAUGUAAACAUGUUGACACAAACGCUUUUUGUUACAUUAAAACUCUUUAGUUACAAAUGUACUUUGUAUCUUAACAUUAACAUUGUGACUACUCAUGACUUUGCAAGUAUAUGUGUACUUUGCAAGUACACAUGUACUUUGCAACUACACAUGUACUUGGCCGUUAUAGGCUCACUUGUUUUUGCUCACGUGUCAGAUACGGUGUGAGAGGUUGGAUCAUUUAUGACACUCAGCUUAUUUCUCAUUGUUGUUCUUAACUUUUCACUCAAAACUGUGUUGAGUAUGAAUGAUUUUAUUAGAAUUUUAAGUUUCAUGGGGAAAAAACCAUUUCAUUGUAAGAAAUGUUUAAUUGUUUUAAUUAAAGAAACAGUAAAGAAAUAGCAGCUUUAAAAGAUGAUUGUCAAAUGAUAAGAGGAAGCACCUGUCUGUAUCAUAAUUGAGGUUUAUAGCAUGGUCUGAACAAACUUCUUUGAUGAUUUUAGACAAAAGACUUAUUCUGCACACUUUCCUCUUCGCUAGUUUACGCCAUCAAAACAAAAGCAUUGCAAUGUAUAUGUUAAUUCUUAUGAAGUUUAUAAAUGAGAUUAUUGCUUUCUCAGAUUCAAUUUAAAUUUGAUAAAAUGUUUGCUAAAUUAGUGUUGCCAUUGGUGAUAAUUUGAGAAAGUAGUGGGUUGGUAAUGUGUGCUAUUAUGCUGAAUGCAAUGGUGUUGUUAUAAAAGCAACAUCAUUAAUGUUAAACAUUUCAAUUGGUAUCAGGAUCAAUCAAAAUAAAUAGCGACCAAAAUGUGUGUAUGCUUUCAGUAUUAUUUUGUAAAUUGGUCAAAGAAUAAAUCUGACAAUAUUCUCACAUCUCACUCUGUAAUAAUGGGUCAUCUGCAAACAAUGUGACUUCUUUGUUGAGCAUCAUGGUGCAUCAGUGUUGUUAUACUCAUCUCCGCCAUGUUCAUAGAUAUAUUUGUACCAUAGAUUGUAUAAAUGUUAAGACCAUAACUUAAACCUGUUGUAAUUAAUUAUUGACGAAAUAAAACAGUUUAUUUUUAUGACCG